AUGCCAGUUGUUUUGGGCCCGGAUCAAAGGAAGAUUGAAAGAACGCUCAAUAAUGGCAAAAAUCACGAAGCGACAACGCCAGGAUUUAUUGUUGUACCUCUUAACGUAACUUCCCUUCAAAAAAUUGUCAACAAUGCCCUUGACACUCAUGAUCUCAGUUUCGCUGAGCAUCUAGUUGGUAAGGCUGGCUCGCAGGUACUGAUAGGGUUUAAUGAAAGAUCUGCAGGCAACUUAUCGGCAACUAUUGGUCGUGUUUAUGUGGAGGUCUCUAUCUCUAACUCAUUGGUCGACACUCAAAGCAGUUUGGCCCAUCGUCUCUUAAAGUUUGAGCGCAAUCCAGCUGAAAUUGCCAACGCAACCCCGGUUCCCCUGGGUUCAUUUUCUUUUGCAAUCCCAAACGAGGUAUUCUUCCUUCAUGGCAAUGCAUUUGCGAGAGUUUUUAUAACUACCAGCAAGCCAAGCGAUCAACAAAUUGAUUUACUGAUGCGCGUGGCAAUUCCGCUUGCCAACUACAUGGCUCACCAAUCUCCUACAUUACCAACAGAACUGAUGCCUCACCCGAAGCUAAGUUCUAGCUCUCCACAUCGGGUCAAAGCUGGAGAGCGAUUCACACUAUCUCUUGAAAGUGACAGUAUCGCGUCUACACUGGACGAGAAAUUUGCCCGAGUUUCUGACCCAACGAUCGUCCAGUGGCUUGGCCCAAUUCACCAAAAUGGCCACUUCGAAUUUGCUGCCUUCCAGGAAGGAAGAGUAGAUGUUUCUCUUAUUGUUGCACACAAGGAUAGCCUCAUAACAAACGUUGAAGAGACCCGGGUAAUUGUGGCAGGACAGGCAUAA